CGUCGUAAACUUUGUUUGUUGAAAUUUUCGCAAGAUUCUCUAAGAACGUCGAUUAAAUGACUUGAUUUAUUAAGAAUGUUUUUAUUGUGUUUCUUUGUGUGUGUUUUUUUCAACAAAUUGCAGAUUUGGCCGAUUCGUCGACAUGAGAGUAUACAAGUGUGAAAAAAUGUUAUCAAUUCAUUGAAAAAGUAGAAGAAUCGUCGGUAAAUUUCAAAGAAAAUCUUCACUUCAACUUUUUAUGAUAUCGAUCAUUUCAAAUAAUAAUAUUUCUUUGAUAGUUCCGGCUCGGUACCGCCCAUAUGGUUUCUUAAACUCACAAACUCACCUAUGGAUUUACGUCAUUCUUAAAUGUCAAUCUGUUUAAAUAUUGCACAAAUCGAUAAAAUAUAUAAAUUAAAUGUCUGUGACCCUCUUUCAUUGCGACGUCAUUCAUAUGACGUGAUCAAUUUUACGAAAUUUAAAGCAAAUCUUCUCAACAACUGAACUAUUUGUGAUUUGCGGUAUAAAAAGUCAUGCAUAAAAUAUGCUAUCAGCAUUUUUGUGCGCAAAGUCGGACUGUUUUGACGUCGAACACUGAUUUUUUUUAAAAAAAAGUGACAAGUAGAAUGUACAUUAAUAUUGAUAGUAUGUUCUAGAAAAAACGGCUAUUUGAAUAGCCAAUGGGUGUUAAAAUUGAAAUUACAUUUCCAGAACGAUAAAUUCUGGGAAUUACAUCGAAUAUCUGGUUAUUGCUCGAUAUUUCUUCCAAUUUGAUAUAAAAGUGUUUAUGUGGCGCAGAAAAAUUCAUUUAAAGCGUAGUUUUUUGUUGGAACCGAAUUCAUUUGAUUGUAGUCUAUCGAUGGUUUAACUUAACGAAAUAUGACUUAUAAGUUGAAUGCACUCCUCGUGUUGAGUGUUUGUCAAUUCGCCUGUACUAUGACUAUCGUAACCACUUCGCCUUCAACAGAAACAUUUGAGACGACAAUUGAACAUUUUCGGGGUGUUUUCUCAUCAUUUCCAUGUGCAAAUAAGACAAUUGUCAGUCGGAUAUUUAAUAUAAUGAAUUUAGCAUUGAAUCCAAAUAAUGCACAUUUUUCUGGAAGAGACGCAGCAAAGACAGAAUGGUUGUAUCUGAUGGUAAUUGGAAAUAGUUCAAAUAUUUCAAUCAAACGAUGGCGCGUCAUUUUGAAUAAAAUACUUGAAGCGCAUAAGUCACAAAAUGAGGAAAUUAGGGAGAAAAACGAGCAAAUGCUCGAAAUUGAUUUAACAGAAUCACAAAUUCAUCGAUUUAAUCUAUAUUUGUGCGAAGCCGACAAGCAAAUGACUUCUUCCGAUGGUGAAAUUUUCAAUCGAUAUUUUUUCGGUUUCCCAAUAGGAUUAGCACUUGGAGUCCCAGAAGAAGAUAUUAAAGAUAUUUUGGAAGACGAUAUUUACGGCAAUCAAGCGAUUGAUUAUUUAGGACGAUUGGCACAUUUGAUUUGCGGCACCAAACAUCCAAAUGCCAGUAGUCAUCGAACUAAUCAAAACAUUGUACGCGAUUUACGAGAGGCACUGGAAGGCCUUUUAAAUAGAAGCCAACAAGCAUGAGAUUUACUAUGUUUAAUAUUUAUUGUGAUACAAUUACUUACAAUGUUAUUAUUAAUUCACGCUAUAAUAAGCAACAUUUUCAUGAAAUAUAUGUUUCAAUAUUUAUGACUAUUA